GCAGGCUGUAUUUUCAUGUUUCUGUCCUCUCAGGUUCAGGAGUAUCGAGAAGCUCUGGAAGGUAUCAUGAUCAAACAAAAAGAUGGGGUACGGCUGCUGCCUGAACUCUAUAGUGUUCCUCCAGAUAAGGUGGAUGAAGAGUAUGUUAAUCCACACACGGUGGAGAGGAUCCCAAUGGGAAAGUGCCCUCUGAAGUGGGGACAGUCCCUUUAUGUCCUGGGCAACCUUUUGGCAGAGGGUUUUUUGGCUCCUGGUGAAAUAGACCCUCUAAACCGCAGGUUCUCUACCAUCCCUAAACCAGAUGUUGUUGUACAAGUGUCCAUCCUUGCUGAGAAUGAGGAUAUUAAGGCACUCCUGCAGAGGAAUGGGAUUGAUGUGGAGACAGUGGCAGACAUCCACCCCAUCAGAGUGCAACCAUCUCGAGUUCUCAGCCAUAUUUAUGCUAGACUAGGUAGGAAUGAGAGACUGGGGCUGACCGGCAGACCUUACCGUAGGAUUGGAGUGUUGGGAACCUCCAAGCUGUACAUCGUCCGCAACACCAUCUUUAGCUUCACACCUCAGUUCAUAGAUCACCAGCAGUUCUAUCUGGCCCUGGACAACAAGAUGAUUGUGGAAAUGUUGCGCACUGACCUGUCUUACCUAUCUUCUCGCUGGAGGAUGACUGGCCGUCCUACCGUAACCUUUCCCAUUUCCCAGACCAUGCUUAACAAUGAACACACAGACUUGGACCCUGCUGUGCUGGCUACCCUUAAGAAGCUACAGGAUGGCUAUUUUGGAGGGGCACGGAUCCAGACGGGCAAGUUAUCUGAGUUCCUGACCACUUCUUGUUGUGCUCAUCUGAGCUUCCUUGAUAGUGGUAAGACACGCUCCAAUAGGGGCUUGGAUGAAGAUGAUGAUGUUGAGGACGGCUACUUUAGAGGUGCUGUGCAUGACCUGAGCUUCAAUGAUGAUACAGAUGAUCUAGCACAAUACCUAGACCAGCUGUUGACUGCAGCGGUGCCUCAGCAGGGGCUCAGAGUCGAGGCACAGGCAAAAGGGCUGAGUCGCUUCAAGGCUGCAGCCACUAAGACACUUGAGAUGGUGUCUCUCAUGAACAAAGCCAAGGAGCUUCAAAUCCACAAUGUGCACAUGUAUCUUCCCAGUAAGCUUUUCCACUCCCCUCAGCCUGCGCUUAAUCUAAAAGAUUUCAAGGGACCACUCACGAGUCAUAGUCCAGAGGAGCCCUUUUCCUCUGAGUGUAACCUGCCACUGGACACUCAUGGUGGCAUUGACUACAGUGGUUUAGUCCAGGUGCUUAAAGAGACUCAGAGCCUUCAUGACCAGGCGGACAUCCUCUGCAUCCUUUUCAAAGACAACUUUCUGACAAAUUCCAUUCAGGAGAUCAUAGUGUACCUAGCAAUGAUCAUCAGAACACAGCCCAGUUUGUUCAGUGAGAUGUUUCGGCUGAGGAUUGGCCUCAUCAUUCAAGUUAUGGCAACUGAGCUGGCCCAGUCUCUAAACUGCUCAGGUGAGGAGGCAACUGAGAGUCUGAUGAAACUGAGUCCUUCUGAGUUGAAGAAUCUUCUCCACCACAUUUUGAGCGGCAAAGAAUUUGGUGUUCAGAGAAGUGUUCGUUCAGUUGAACCCGGUACCAGUCCUGUUAUCUCCAUCCAUGAAGUUGGAAAUGUUGGUGCUACCAAGAGUGAGCGUGCGGGCAUCAGCAAACUGAAGAGUGACAUGAAGAUGCUGGAAGAUCUCCGAUUGUCAUGGUCACUCCAAAGUAAGGUGAUGUGUCUCAUGAGCUGUGACUCAGUCUCAUGUAAUGGUCUAAUCUCUAAGUUCUCUGUGCUAAUUUGUGACUUACAGAGGUACCGGAUGCCUUCAAUUGAUGCAUCUGACAGCUCAAUCAGUGUUGGUGCGUCGCGGGACAGCCGGCAGGGGCAGUGGCUGCGCAGAAGAAGGCUUGAUGGUGCGCUCAACAGAGUUCCUGUAGGCUUCUAUCAGAAAGUCUGGAAGAUCCUGCAGAAGUGUCAUGGCCUUUCAAUAGAAGGCUUUGUGCUCCCAUCUUCUACCACAAGAGAGAUGACCCCGGGUGAGAUUAAGUUUGCGGUACAUGUGGAAAGGGUGCUGAACCGUGUGCCUCAGCCUGAAUAUAGGCAGCUGCUGGUCGAAGGGAUCCUGGUACUUACAAUGCUGGCUGAUGUGGACAUUCAAAGCGUUGGCAGCAUCAUCCACAUAGAGAAGAUUGUUCACAUUGCCAAUGACUUGUUCUUCAAGGACCAGAAGGAUUUUGGUGCAGAGGACAGUAUUUUAGAAAAGGAUUUCUCUACGGGAAUCUGCCGGCUCCUAUAUGAUACUGCACCCAGCGGUCGCUUUGGCACCAUGACUUACCUCUCUAAAGCUGUGGCUACCUACGUCCAGGACUUCCUGCCUAGUGGCGCCUGUACUGUACAGUGAUACCAUGAAGUUUUUAAAUAGUAUCGUUUUUAUUGUACAGAGGAAGAGACCACUAUUUUAGAGCAGUUAUUUAGGUGUUUGUGUGAGUUUGAGUGUGAAAGCAAAAUCUGCAACUGUUUUGAACAAGAUUGAAUAAACUUGAACAAAUGCUUUGGUAGUUCACAGUUUGAUGGUGUUGUCAUUCAGUAGUCCUAAUAUAGGUUUUCCAUCAGUGUAGCUCCAUAUUUAAUUUUUGACAGGAGUGAA